AUGGGUUUAGACUUCACAGUUUCUGAUAUUAUCGGGCCGAAGAUUCUGCUCCGCAGAGUUAUACACAGCCCAAAGCAUUUGCGGAAUGUACAGAAAAUGGAUUUCACGAGGGUGUUGGGGUUUUCGAAUAAAAAGCAAAUGACACCGUCAUUCAUUUAUGGCUCUGACAGUGGCCUUGUGGCACACCAGGUUGAUGAGGCUACUAUGAGAAGAAAAAAUAACGGAAAAAACGAAAUAUCUAAUGAUAUAGAAAGCAUAAAAACAACAUCUCACUAA